AUGAGACUUUUUAGCUUUUUAUACGGUGUGGCGCUGGCACGUGAUCCAGCGAUAAGUCCGACUUACACGGGAACGAUUUGGCCGAAGCCACAGUUUUUGGAUACGAGAAGUGAUGUCUAUACGAUUGAUACUGCGAGUAUCAAAUUUAUUCCACAGAUAACUCAUGAUGGCCCGGAUUGCGAUGUCCUCCACAAUGCAACUUGGCGAUACACUCAGUACUUUAACGAUCUUGCCGCUCGAAUUCAACCCCACGAGGAAUCCGAUCCGGUUCGAAAACGCCGAAGUCUCAACUCAAACAGCCAUCCAACUGUCAAUACAGUCACAUUGAUCAUGCCCGGAACCUGCGAAAAAUGGCCGAUGUCUUCGAUCCAGGAGCAUUACGAUCUCCAUCUCGACGGCGAAGGAGCGACGAUUUACAGCGACACGGUUUGGGGAAUCCUCCGAGGUCUUCAAACCCUUUACCAAGCCACGACCCCAAUCAUGACGAAAAACGGCGCAGUAGAAAAAUACGAAAUCAACGGAAUGGCUGUUCAAGACUUUCCCCGAUUCAAUCAUCGAGGAUUUUUGAUGGACACAGCUCGCCACUUCCAACCCGUAAGUGUCAUCAAAGAAGUUCUGGAUGGAUUGGAGAUGAACAAGUUCAACGUUUUCCACUGGCAUCUCGUCGAUGAUCAGAGUUUUUCAUACGAUUGCAAGCCGCUGCCGGAUCUUGCUGGUAAAGGUGCCUAUUUUGCGCCAUCGCGGAGCCACGUUUACGCGCUGGAGACAAUCAAGGAGAUUAUUGAAUACGCGCGAGUCCGGGGCAUCCGAGUCAUUCCAGAGUUUGACACGCCCGGGCACAUUGGCGCGGCGGCCAAGGGACACCCCGGUCUUGCUACGGUCUGCUACGAUGCCGAUGGAAAACCGACAGGCUUGCUUGGCCCAGCAGAUCCAACAAACGAGUCGAACUACGAUUUCAUGCGAACUGUUCUCCAAGACUUUAGAAACGUCUUUCACGACGAUUAUGUCCAUCUGGGAGGCGAUGAAGUGUCAUUUGCUUGCUGGAAAUCGAAUAAAAACAUCAGCGAUUGGAUGUACCAACAUGGCAUUUCCGGCGACUACGCGAAGUUGGAAGAAUAUUGGGUCAAAAAUGUGCUGAACAUCACGAAAGAAGUCGGAUUCAACUACAUCGUCUGGGAGGAAGUUUUCGACAACGGGGUUGAAAUUGAUCCAAGUACUGUUGUAGAAGUCUGGCUUCCGUACCAUCCAUUAAACACAACUCGCGACGUAACAAAAGCCGGCUAUAGAGCGCUUAUUAGCGCGCCGUGGUAUUUGGACCUCAUCAGCUACGGAAGAGAUUGGGUUUACUACUACAAUUACGAGCCACUUGCUUUCAAUGGAACAAAAGAAGAGGAAGACUUGGUCAUUGGAGGAGAAACCUGCCUCUGGUCGGAGUUUGUCGAUGCAUCGAAUUAUGUUUCACGACUUUUUCCACGAGCUUCUGCCGUUGCCGAGCGACUCUGGUCAGCAAGAGAUGUCACUGAUGUGGAAGACGCAAAACAACGAAUUCAUCAAAUGAAAUGCAGAAUGAACCUUCGCGGAAUUCAUGCGGAGCCUGCUGAUGGUCCUGGCGCGUGCCCGAUUGAAUUUGAGCGAGCCGACUACUGA